UUAAACUGAAGCUGUACGUUCCACUGACACACCCCUCCCUGUGUCUUGUCCAGGAAUGUCUAGGAUUCUGUCUGCCUGUGAGCCCUCUGAGGAUGCUCAGGGUAUUUGCCAAUGCCUCCUUCACUGUAGAGUGUUCUGACUCUUGUCAACCUCGACCUACUGUGAGGGGCCAUUUUACCUUUAGGGAUGCUCACUCCUGUUUCCACAGUCCUACUUGGUUUUUUUUUUUAAAUGAGACAUAGUCUCACACCAUAGCCCAUCCUGCCUCAUACUUGUUCCAAAACUCUUUCUACCCCUUCCAAGUGACGUCCUGCCACACCAAAUUCAUGUGGUACUUGGGACUCAACCCAAGGCCUCUUGCACCCUAGGCUAGCAUUCUACCAACUGAGAGGCAUCCCCAUAUGUGCUACCACAUUUAAAGGCCGGGCUGUGGACUGGGUAGGCCAGGCAGUGUUUCCGACUAAACCUGCUUCUCCACACUCAGAUGCUGGACACUAGAUGCCUUAAUGGGUCAUGAGAAAAGGCUGGUAGUUAUGCCAGCAUGUGUAAACACCAAACCAAGAUGGAGACUCUUCAUCUCUGAGAUGGAUGCUCUGGGAUGGAACCUGGGGCUAGGGGACAUCUGUUGAGGCCUGGCAAGUGUUCUGUGGUGGGGAUUCUGUCAAAAUACCCUGACCCUUUGUCCCCUGGAACCACUGAAGGAGAAAACCAAGUCUACUGGAGGAAUGGGUCAAGCACCUUUGUCACCCUGAACUUAACGGCCCCAGGUAUGCCUGAGGAAGACACCCCUGUAAGUAACCGGGAGUUAGUUCAGCGCUUUUUACUUUUAUCGCUAUUGUUAAAAUCACCUGGUUCCUGGCUAUUAGAAGGAAGGUUCUUGCAUAUUGUACUUCCUAGUGUCACCCUGGUUCGUAUUCCCCAAGUUGUACUGUGCUGUCCAUCCCUCCGUCUCCAGGGGCACCAUCUGUCAAGUACUGAGAGUGUCUCACACAUUAACUGCGGGAUGGGGCUCAUCUGCUUUACAUGUGGAAUCGCUGAGACUGAUGGGAAUCUGCUGUUAGACACAAAAAAAUCUAAAAAACAAUGAAAAACGAAGCAGAGACACUGGACGUGGCAUUGUUUGGUGGAUUUGCAUAUUUAUGAAUUUCUGUAAUUUGAAAAGAUAUCUUUCUUGGCUUCUCUCUGGGAAUAUAUUGCCAUGUGUCAAAAUCAAAGCAAUCAAAACCAACCCUGCCAGCCAGCAGCGGCUGCGUUCAUCACCCCGUGUUACAGCAUCCAGAUAACUUGCUUAUUCAUAGACGCCUCUGAAGAUAGAAUUGAAGUAAUUCAUCUAUAUUGAUGUGCGAAUUGUGUUUAUUUUAAAAGCCACCACAGAGCAAACUUAAACACGAUGGCAAAUUGUGUCAGAGGGCAUUUUCUCCUCUCUCCAAACCCACGGCGUCUUUGUCUUUUAAACAGCUUUCUUAUAGCUUUGUGUUUUCACACCACUGUUUCAAGAUUGCUCUCUUGCCAGAAGCCUCUGCCCACCACUGGUCUCCCAUGCCUCUGUCUUCCUUUCCUGACCCUCAUAAAGCACAGGUAAGCUCUUAUGCUACGUCUCUUACUUUGAAGUGGACAGAAAUAGAAAUGUACUUUUGGGGGCUCAAGAUGUCAUAGUGAAGAAAUUAGGCCCUACAGGUGUUCUCUUUCUCCUGGGCUCCUUCAGCCCUCUCUCCCAGAGUUUGUACACCAACCCAGGCACAAGUAGAGUAGGUUCCUUCCUCUACUCUCAACAAGCUGAAUGUAAAAAAAAAAAAAAACCAAUGCUCAUCACAAGUAAGGAUGGAGACUGAGUCAGUGCAUCUUUGCAGGGAGCUCCUGGGCUCUCUUCAUGGGUCUCACCGCAAUCAGCUGCAAAGCAAACUCCAUGCCAGUAACCUAGCUGCUUUUCCUAGAUAGUGUCAAGAACUUAGUUUUUAUUGCUCUAGGGGACACUGAUUUUGUGGGAAAGUCAAGGAAGGAUGCCCUGUUGGCUAGACAAGGAGGGGCAGUGGUUGCAGUGAAGAUAAGAGAGGUGGUAGCCCUGAGACAGCUAUCAAAACGUUCCCAGAGGCCCUGGGCACCCCAAGCAGAACCCAAUGAUACGAUGGGGUUGUUGACAUGUCUGAUAUGGGGUUGUCUUUGCUGAUGGGGCGUGUCUUAGUUGCUUUUCAAUUGCUGUGAGAAAAUACCUUGGACAAGGAAACUUAUUCAAGAAAGCAUUGAAGUUGAGGCUCAUGGUUCCAUUAGGGCAGGGAGCACGGCAGCAGGUAGGCAGACAUCAUGAUCCAUAGCACAAAGCAGAGAAAGAGACACUGUGAAUGGUAUGGACUUUUGAAACCUCAAUGCCUUCACCACCGACACACUUGCUCCAGCAAGGCCACACCUCCUAACUCCCCCCAAAUAGUUACACCAACUGGGGAUCAAGCAUUAAAAUAUAUGAACCUUUGAACACCAUUCUCAUUCAAAAUAUCUUAGGAUGGCCUGUGGGACCUUGUGUGGAUCCAGUUCUCCUAGCCACAUAGCCUGCCCUAGGCACUCUGCAUUCCAGGCCUGGGGCCCAGGUCCACAGGGCUCUCAACUCCAGCGUUUCUAGUUCCUGGUGCAUGGGAACAGCAAAACACAAGAAGGGAGGGUAUAACUGUGCUUCUAUGCUGGGGUCAUUUCAGACUACCUAGAGAUGGAAACCUGGUGUCCUACACUACUUUCUACAACGGUGAUAAACAUCAUGACCAAAAGUUACCUGGGGAGGAAAAGGUUUAUUUUAGCUACUGUCUAUCACUGAGGGAAGUCAGGGCAGGAACCCAAGACAGAGACCCAGAGGCAGGAACUGAAGCAGAAACCACACAGCAACACUGUUUACUGACUUGCUCCCCAUGGCUUACUCAGUUUGCUUUUUUAAAUACAACUCAGGAUCACCUACUUAUGUGGGGCCCCGCCCACAGUGUUCUCGUCCUUCCCACAUCAAUCAUGAAUCAAGGAAAUACUCCACAGACACGCUCCACAGGCCAGUCUGAUGGAUUCCUUUUGUCAGCUGAGGCUCCCUCUUCUCAGAUGACUCUACCUUGGGUCGAGUUGGCAAAGCUUAACCAGCACAGCAAGGGACAAUGUUGACUGUGGUGUCAUGUUCGUGUGAACCUGAGGACAAAACUAUUGCACUGCACGAAGAAGGAAGUGGCCAGACUGAAGGGGUGGGGCCAGGAGGGGACACAGGAAACAGCUGAUUGUCAGGUUGUGCUGAAGAUACAGGUAAGCUGGAGGUCAAAAUCAGAGAGUGAGUGCCAUAAAAAUGGUGCAGGAGGGUGGUGGAGGGGAGUGUCUAUCCAGACGUAAAGAACCCAUUUCACUUAGAAACACGUGGUGGCAGAUCACUGGCCAUGCCUUCCAUAAUAAUUCCAAAUACACAAAGGGAAGGGAACAAGAAAAGCAGAAAACCAUCAUAAUGAUCAAGUUAACAGUGUCUUUUGUUAGGGUUUCCAUUGCUGUGAAAAGUCACCGUGACCAAGGCAACUCGUAUAAAGGCAAACAUUUAAUUGGAAUUGGCCUACAGUUUCAGAGGCUUAGUUCAUUAUCACCAUGGUAGGAAGCUUGGCAGCAUGCAGGCAGACAUGGUGCUGGAGGUGCUGAGAGUUCUACAUCUUGAUUUGAAGGCAGCCAGGAGGAGACUGUCUUCCCUAGGCAGCCAGGAGUGGACUGGAAUUCCACACUGGGCAGAGCUUGAGCAUAGAAUGCUUUAAAGCCUGCCUACACAGUAAUGCACUUUCUCUAACAAGGCCACACCUCCCAAUAGUGCCACUCCCUAUGGCCUAGCAUUGAAACCCAUGCAUCUGUGGUGGCCAAGCCAAUUCAAACCAUCACAGUCUCUGCAGAAGAGAUCCACUGGGCAGGUGCCGAGUUAGCUUGUCACCACAUGUCUACCAGGUACUCAGUGAUGGUUUCCAUUAAGUACAUCCUCUCUGCUCUCCCAAGACUGGUGGCUUCACCUCCGAUGGCUGGCUCAAUCUAGAAAGGAAAGAGGGCAACAGAAGCUCAACGGGACCAACCAAAUGGGAAAACUGUGUGCUGGCUACUUUUGUGUCAACUUGACACAAGCUAAAGUCAUUUUGAAAGAGGGAACUUCAACUGAGAAAACUUCCCUUACUAGACUGGCCUGUGAGCAAACCUGAAGGGCAUUGUCUUGAUUGAUCAGUGAUGAGAGGGCAUCCAGCCAAGCUCACUACGGACUGUGUCACCCCUGGACAUGUAGUCCUGAGUUUUAUAAGAGAGCGGGUUGAGAAAGCCAUGAGGAGCAAGACGUUAAGCAGCACCCCUCCAUGGCCUUAGCUUCAGUUCCUGCCUCUAGGUUCCUCCCUUGAACUUCUGACCUGUCUUCCAUCAGUAAUGGAAGUUACUGAGACCUGAACAGCUGCGAGCAGAAACAAACCUUGCUUCUUCAAGUUGCUUUUGGUCAGUGUUUCAUCACAGAAAUGGAAACCCUAACAACCAGGCCAGGCUGACUCUUGGAGGCUCAGCAGCUGGUUGUAGGAGGGAUAGGAGAUUCGCUAACCCCGGAGGCAUCUUUCUCAAGCCCAAGAUGGGAGACUUACCACGUAGGCGAAACACAGCAGUCCAUACAGCACAGGGGCAGAGCACAGCCCUCCAUCAUCUCUGCCUUUCCCCUUUCUCUCCUUUGAUUUCUAUUCGGAUAGUCCAGCCACUGCUGAGAAUUGGAGGAGACUCAAGGACAUUUGGACUCGGGUAAAGUGCUCAUGACAUCUGAGUGGCAUCCCUCAUUCCUACUAACAAGGCAGGUCAGAGGUUCCUAUGCAGGUAUCUGGCAUAUAUACCGUGUGGCCUGUCACUGAAGCGUAAGCUGGGAAAGGUUCCAGGGGCUCUGCUGUCUUUUAGUUCCACUGAAAACCUCAAUGAUCUCCAAGCACAAAGGCAUGACAUGGCAAGACAUCAUUUAUUGGUUGCCCCUGGGGCCUCAAGGAACCGAUGGGAAAAAUAGCAAUUAAGGGCCUGCUAUUGGGCUUCUUCUUCAAUGUGUUUCUGAGAGGAACUUUGGAUUUAAGGGAGUUGAGAGUGACUAAUAGGUAUCUCAAGCUCUAGGAGAUAUAGAGGCAGCUUGAGGAGUCCCGAAGCCACCUGAUGACUUUCUAAGGCCAUAGGUUUCUGUCCCACCUUGGCUUCUGAUAUAGGCAGUGUGGUCAUGUAGUCAGUCCCUGAGCCCUUAAGAAUCUUAUACUGUGAAAAAGAGAUGGUGGUAGUCACAGGGUAAGUGCACCUGGGUUAGAAUCCCUUCGACUUUGACAUCCGUCAUUGUCCUGUAUCCACAGUAGCUCUGGCUGAGUCUGUCACUAACCAGGAAAAUGAGUGUCACCACAGAAAAAGACUUCAGGACCCUUUGCUGCAGCCUGGGGACCCUGUAAACCACAGGGCACAGGGCUACGCUUCCAGAGAGCCUUUAGUCUGCUGGGAGUUUAUUUUAGAAAAGAAUCAAUGGGAGCCAUAUUAGUUAUUUCUCUUGUUGCUGCAAAAAACCCAACCCAAACCAAACAAACACCAAACAAAAGCAAAUUAAGACCAGAAGGGUUUGUCUCAUCUCACAGUCUGAGGGCAUGGUCCUUUAUGGUGAGAGAGACAAGGGAGCAGGGCUUCUGGGCAUCUGGCCACAUUGCAUCUGUGGUGGAGAAGCAGAUGCUGUGAACGCUGGUGCUCAGCUGGCUUCCCCUUCUUAAGAAGUCUAAGCAUCCAGCCUGUGGGAUGGUACUGCCCACACUCAAAGUGGGUCUUCCCACCUCAAUUAAUCUAUGCUAGAAACUCCCUCAUAGACAGGCUCUUAGGUGAGUCUAGAUCCUGCUAAGUUGGUAGUUUACAUUAACUACCAUGGGAGCCCAGGCCAACUGGGAAAUGUUUGCUGGCAAGUUUUGGUGGAUCAGGAUUUCUCUUGGACCUGAAGCCAUUCGAGGUUUACACUCAAAACAGUGGCCAGAGAUGAUCAGAGGAGGUGACAAGGUGCAAAGGUGGCUGGGAUGCGUUAUCCAUCAACAGCAAACAAAGCAAGUUCGGCUGCACUGAGAGCAAGGAGAUGCUGCAAGUCCGAUGGGGCUCCCUUACUGGGAGCUCUGGAAACCAGGAGAGAUUUUCUUAGAGCAAAGGAAACUAGGAACCAACCCAAAGACUGCAGGGACUGGCUGGAAUGACCUUGCAGGGCACUGUGAUCCUGACAUCUUCCAGCCCAUUGGUCGCUGGCUAUGUGUACAGUCUGGUUGAAGACACCCCGAGUAAUCCUCAGAGCCGUAAUGCUGAUGGUCUACUGGAAAAGGAACGUUGCCCCCCUUGAGAUGAGGCGCUAUCAAAUGCCAUCUGCGCCGCCUGUAAUUUUAGCCAUAAAUCCUGGUUGUAUUUAUCAGAGAUUUGUUUUCCAAGAUGGCUAAUUUUAGUCUCCGAUUAAAGUACACACUAAUUUCCUUGUUUCUUCCUUGCUGAGAAGUCUGACAGAACAACCCCUCGUCGAAAGGGGCUGGCAGGUUCCCAAGGCCCUGCAGCUUCAUUUGCUUAAAGAGAGGUUAUUUUUUUCUUCCUCCCUCUUGUUCCUCCCACUCUGUUUUGGCAAUGUGGAUAGAAUUCAGAGGAGUUGAAAUAAAAACAGCAUUGUCCUUGUGGAGACAGAGGGGCGAGCCAGGUGGAGUGGUACUGGCCAGGGCUAUACUUCCAGUGGAGCAGCAGCUCCUCUGGCCUGAGGGCUUUGGGAAGGGGCCCCUAUGUGGGAACAAGAAGGAACUUCAGAGCCAAUGUGGGAGCUGUGUUCUCAAGCAUGACUCACGGACACCACAAAACGCUAGAGAAUGUUUGGAACGUUCCUCGGUAUUUCCGACUGAUGAGUUAGGCUGGCCGACAGUCUGACUCUAAUUGUGAUGGAUAAUGUGUGUGAGGCUUUGAAGGGGGGGAGGUGGUGAUGGGUGUUUUGGAAGGGUGAGUAGCCACAGCAUCUGCAUAUACCAGUAAAUUGUAGUUAGGGCACCUCUAUCCUGUUCCAACAAAUCCGAAGUCUUCCUGGAAAGCACAUAAACUGGGGAGAAAAUAUUCAAGCUGGAAGCAAACAGACAAACAGAAGGAUAUGACCUGGAGGCUGGAUAUGUGGCUUACCAGUUAGGAGCCCUUGUAGAGACUGGGGAUUGAUUCCUACCACCCAAAUAGUGUGGCUUGUAACUGCCUCUAACUCCAGCUUCAGGUGAUCUGAUGCUUUCUUCUGAUAUCCAAGGAUACUCAACUAUACAUGCGCGCGCGCGCACACACACACACACACACACACACACACACACACACACACUCACAUGCAUAACACAGGCAUACACACAUUCACCCAGCACAGGCAGUUACACACACAACACAGUCACAUAACUCACAUAACAGAGGCACACAAAUGCACAUACAUGCAUAUUACAGGCAUGUACACACAUACACAACACAGGCAUGUAACACGCAACAGAGGCACGUGUGCAAGCACGCUAAAAUAAACCUUAAAAGAAGGAUGGCUGCCAUUAAGGGUGGUGGUAUAGGUCUUUUAAAUGUCAGUACAAGCACUGGCUUCUCAUUCUUCAAGGACACAGUUUACCUGUGUAGGGGAAGGUAACAGGAAUGCCUAAACACUGUAUAGGGGAUGCUCGGGGUUCAGAAAUUGUCUGUGUUAGGCUUCUUAGAGAUUCUAGACAACACAAAUGUGAUUGUGGGGGGGGUUCACUCAGCCCCAGGUGCUGGGACUGUCAUCACUGCAGGAAAGCUUCCCCCACCCCACCUGUUGCCGUUAUGCAGGGAGGCCAUCAAGUCUAGAGCAGAUGCUAUUCCACUAGGAGACUGUAGAGCCUGGGCCUCUGCUGUCCACCACUGUGGGUUCUAUGGUAGUGUCUCUUCCCCCACCCUUACCCGGUCCCAAGCCAGUAAUGGAGUAUGUCCUCAUCAACUCACGAUUACACAUAUUAACAAGAAUGCCUUGUUCCAGAGAACAGUGGCUCCAACACAUGUGUUCUAGAGUUGUUUAUGCCAGCGCCCAAGUCAGAGCUCUCUUGAAGGACUGCAAGGCAGAAACGGAGGGGCCACAUCUGCUGAACAGCACAGGAAGAGGUUCUGCUCUGCCUUCUUCUUCCUUUCUCCCUCUGCCUACCAUCUGUCUGUCCAUCUAUCGGGGCUGGUUGGACACACGAGACUGGCCAAUCCCACAAGGGUCGAGAGGCAUAAUUCAUCACAGGUGUCAAUCUCUACACCUGGGGGCUUCUGGGAGUAUAAAGGGGAAGUGAGAGCCCCUCACACAUUGUAGAUUGAAGGGUUUGAUUCCAUUAGCACCAUGGCGACCAGACUUACUUCCUGCCCUUGUUCCUGUCAGAGGAGGCCAAGACCAUCUAUAGUAUCAGUCAAGAGCCUUAGGCCCUGAAGUUUAGGGAGCCAUAUUCAAAAGAGCAGAUGGCCCUGGGGCUACACCACUGAAGGUUCCCACGGUGCCUAUCUGGGAAACCCCUUGGAAGAACUGCAGUGCCAUCACCUAGACCUCGGUGUCUCGUUCCCACUCACCUCUCUCAUGCUCAUAGUUGUGGCUGCCACUGUUAACCUUAAGCAAGCGUGGGCUGACUUCAAACCUAGUUCUUUGAUGGACUUGGCACCAUCCUGCCAGAAGGCCAGGCAGCAAAUGUAUUAUCGCAUUUUGUACCAUCUUCACUUCAGAGAAACAGUCCAUGGAUGUGCGGUCAGGGGAUGGAGCAAGGCUUUGAUUGGUAUGUCAGGACUACCCGAAUGCCUCUGCCAGGCUUCCCAGGGCCCACACUUUUGCUACGGGUAUUUGUUUCUUGGUCACAUUCAAUGCUUGUGUCUGUCCUGUCCAUCUGCUCACAAGGGAAGCAUGCAUGUCUGCUAGGGUUGGCUUCAGAGUGAGGAGUCUGAGACAUAAGGAGAUGGACAUACAACAUAUGUAGAGCCCAUACAUACACAGCAUGGAGAUACAUACAUAUAGACUUCUCACACACAAUACAUGUAGAACCCUGACAUACAUAGCGAGGACACAAAACACAUAUAGGACCUUCAUACAUAUACACAUACAAUAUGUGUAGAACCCUGAUAAACAAAGUAAUUGACAAACAACACAUAUAGACUGUGGGCGUGCACACACACAUACAUACACACACAUACACAUAUAUACACACACACCACAUAUAAAACCCUGCCACAUACAUCAUGGAUGCACAGCACAGAGGCAAGGCUUAGUUACAUAAAACACAGCUAUACAUUAGUUUACAACACUGUCUCAGGAUAAACACACAGAGCACAGGUAUGGUAUAACACAGAGCAGCACAGUAGAUUGUGGUGGUUAGAGUUAACUGUGAACUUGACAAAAUCUAGACUCAUUGGGAGAUGGGCUUCUGGGCAUGCUAGAGGCAGACUCUUGUGAUUGUACCAACCAAGGUGGAAAGAGUCUCUUGCUGCUGGCCUUUCUCCUGCUGAGAUCCCUGACUGCAGAGCUGAAGUAAGGGGGGAUGAGCAGCAGCAGAAAUUCAUUGCUCUCUGGUUCUUGCCUGUGCGUGUGACUUCAGAAACUGCUUCACCAGUUCCUGCUGCCCAGAUUCUCUUACUGUGAUGGAUGAUACCCUUGAACUGGGAGUCAAAAUAAACUCUUUCUUCCUUAAGUGCCAGGGUAUUUUAAUCACAGCAACAGUAAAAGAACCUAAGACACACAAGGCAUCAUUGUCUUCACAUCAGACAUGCACAGAGAAACAUCUCCAGUCAUUGGCACCUUGACAGUGAGAUUGCUUGGGACACAGAGGACAAGAUCAGUUUUCAAGUUGCACAGACUGGCAGGCAUAGGACUUCCAGUCACUGCUGUGGCAGGGGAAACAGCAUUUUGUUGCCAUAGUGACACCUGUGCUUUUCUCUUGGCAAGGGUGGGACACUUGUUCAUGUUUAUACAUGUCCAAAAGCACAUUUUUAUUCGAGUAGCUCAGUAUUCUAUGUCACGAUGGUCAUCACUUAAUAAUAUAUGCUGAGUGUCUUUCCAGAGCAGUCUGUGUAGAUUUGGCAUGGAUCACAACUGGAGGCACACACAGUAAUUGACUUAGCAGUUUCCCUACUGGGGGAUACUGAUGACCCUUCCUCGAUGGAGAUGCUGUAGCAAGGCCCGCCUUCACAAAGGUCUGUGCACACGUGAAAACACAUCUAAAGUAAGCUUCCAACAGUGGGCUUGUCCAACAUCUUCACUUUAAGGGGAUGUUGGAUCUAGGCUGGCGGUAUGGUUAGAGCUUGUCUCCAAAGAGCACCCAGCCUGGGGCCCCCAUGGAUCUCCCAUUGUGAGAAAGCUUCCCGUGUUCCAACAGAGCCUUCUGCCUUCAGCUCCUUUGAGAGAAUCUUGCUUCAUAUUCAUCAUUUUCCUGUGGUGUGUCUUUGUCCUUGUGUUUCCGUUGGGACUUUUCAAGACACAUCCCAGGUUAGUGACCCUGAUCCCCUUUGCAUGUGAAGCUGCGGUCAAUCUGGCGUUUUCUUCUCAUUUCUAUGGCGUGUGACCUUUGUAUGAGCACAAAUGUUGCCGCUGCUUUGGGUACUUUUUCUUUCAGAGUGUGCACGGUUUCCUUUUCAGCCCUUGAACCACCCAGAAUUAUGAUUUUUUUUUUAUAUAAAACACUUGGGUCUGACUCUCAUCGUAGUAUCCUAGGAGGGAAUCCUGAAUAACUGGCUACUCUUCUGGUCCUGCGAGCCAUCUCAGGGGCUACUAAAUCUAGCACAUUUUGGUCCCUCCCUGGCUGGUUGGAAUCCAUCUCUACUGACUGCCAUAUAUCCUUCAGGCACAUAGAUGUCAUGGCUUCCAGUCACCUUAAGCCUAGAAAGGACCAGCCCUCCCCAGCUCCACAUUCUAUGGUUACACAAUUUUUCUAGAUAAAUGACAGAGUUAUAUAUGGUCAAGUUUUAGCAUCCCCCACUCAAUUGAGUUGACAAGGGUGUGUGGAACUCUUGACGCUUGGAGUCUAGGAAUACCUCCUUGAGCAGGGAUGAUAGCCUGCCAGUCUCACUGAUGCACUUCAGUAGUUGAGACCCAGUAGGUACCAGGGCUUCACAGAGCUGUGCUAUCUGUUGGUCUCAAGGGUACAAGCCAGCCUUCCUAACAAUCUUACUUUAAUCAUCUCCAUUGGCAUGUAAGACAUUUUAGGAUUGUGUACACUUAUGCAACUGGAGGGGUCACCCCUUACUAAUAAACCUUCCUGAUGUCCUAAUACAUAAAAUGCUGUAGCCCCCUGCUCACUGGUGCCUGUUCGCAGUGUCCCUCAGGACUCUUUUCCUUCCUGCCAGAGAUUUCUUUCUUCAUGAGGUACUCCUUGAUCAUGCCACAUGAAGUCAAACAGAGAGGUACCUACGCACACAGGUAUGUGUAUAUGCAUGAACACAGACAUACAUACAUACAGACAAGAGUGGAGGAGGUGGUGCAGCAUCUCUGACCACAGUGGUCACCACCCAUGAGACUCUUUCUGCCCAGAAUCUCAGGUGGAAAAAGGCAGGAAGCCUCUGAAAAGGAAUCUUUGGCCAAGCCUGGGCAAGCCUGCACCUCAUUGAUUCUGUUGCGGGAGGUUUUGGCUGAGAGACUCUAGGGUAGGAGAAGGGCUGCUCCUCCUAACGCUCUCUUGAAAGCCAUCUGCAAUGGCCCAUCCAUGAUGCAGAACAGAGAGAAUCAGUUGACUAUUUCCCUAUUGAGAUGUACACAAAAAGCCUGUUUCUCAAUUAGCCCUAAGCUUUUAGUCUCCCAUUUUUUUCUGGAAGAUGCUUUCCCCUGACAUCUGUGAACCACUUCCACCAGAGGUCAUGGGAGCAUACACACAGGAUGCACAGAUCUGCUUGCGGUGUCUUUCGGAUACCUCCUGAAAAAUUGGCUCCUGUCAGGAAAUUAGCAGAAGCCUAGAGUACCAUGCAAAGCCCUUCAUCCUCAAAGCCAAUUGGGUCAUUCACUGUCUCACCUCAUUACGAUUUCUUUCAUAGCUUCCUAAUCACCUUCCUUCAUGCUCCCUUUUCCUUUUCUCCCCUAGAAAAGAGAUUGAAUUGCUUGGGAACAACAGAAAAGAAUUUUAAAAGUUCAUUUGCAUGCACAAACACACCUAGGGACCCAGUCUACUCCACAUAUACAAGAGUGACCAAGCACCCACGGUAGAUGUACACACAGAAGAGUUAGAGGUACAGCGGAUUGGGGGAUGCUGCACCCCAGCCUGUCCAGAUUAAUUGCAUCCCCUCUCUUUCCUGCACCCCCUCACCAGUCAAGCCCUCCCUUUGCACCUGCAGCUGCUGACGGGCACUUGCGGAAAGAGAGCAGUGAACCCUUUGACUGGGCCCCAUCUCAGAUCAGAACUCUGGGUACAUGUGAGAUGCUUAAUUAGAAAUGAGAUGAAAGACUUUUUUUGGGGAAGGGCAAAGGCCAUAAAAAAUCAUCAAGAAUCAUAGACAAGCAGAGAUAAAACAAGAGACUCAGGCAAAGGGAAGGGCAAUGUGUACUGAGAAUGGUGUGGAGGUUCUCAGAAGUCAAAAGCAACAGGGAUACGUGUUCUCCGUGAACCUCCAACCACAUCAAGGAGGAUCAAAGAACCCUUUGGGACCUCCACAGAAAGUAGUAUCUUCCUCCAGAGCUAGUGAGUCCUUGUUAUCAGUCCAGUACAGUAACAGGAACUGUGCCAUCCAAUUCUCUGUCUAUUAUUCCACCCACACGACUGUUCAUCUAUCCAUUAAUCUGUCCAUUCACCACCAUCUAAGCACAUAGAUCCAUCUACUCAAUAUCACAUUUACUUACUACUCAACACACUACCCACCCAUCCAUCCAUCUAUUUAUCCACCAACCCACUCACUCACUUACCCAGCCUACUCUCCAUCCAUCCAUCCAUCCAUCCAUCCAUCCAUCCAUCCAUCCAUCCAUCCAUCCAUCCAUCCACCUUCCUACCCAUUCACCUAUCCAGUUAGCUAUUCACCCAACCCAUCCAUCUAGUUUGUCAUCUCUAUUUUCAGCUUGUCAGAGCACACUGGAAGGGCUGCCACAGUAUGGAUUCAACAUCAUGAUAUACCAUUGUGUACCUAUGUGUCCCCCAUUUCUGUUUCUGUCUGUCUCUGUCUUUGUCUCUCUCUCUGUGCAUGCACAUGCAUGUGCAUGUGUGUGCACGUGUGCAUGAGUGCACAUACACAAGCACAGAAGUCACAGUGAUAGUCUGCCUGCCUCCUAGGCUGCUGAGGAUGUGACACCGGAUGGUACCUUUCACCCCAAUGUGAGGAUGCCUAGAUCAUGCAUGCUCACGUUCUCAGCAUGUCUUCCGGAGGGCUCUGGGUAGGUUCUGUUGGAUCUCAGUUUGGAGGAGUUUGAUCAUGGGAGACAGCUCAGACAUAUCGGCUCCUGAUAUGGGAAGAGUGUGGGAAGCUGGCGGGGAGGUUCACAGCCUCUGCCUUGUGUGGUUCACUCAUCUUGCGCAUGUGCGUCUGGGACUGUGUUGCCCUGCUACCUGGGGAAGUCUGCUCAGGUUGGCUCUUAGGACUCCAUUCCUGAGUCUAGACUAAGGCCUAGGUCUUCAUGAAUGGUCAGUCUGGAGGAAGUGGACACAGUGUUUGGAUUUGGGUUUGUUAUAAUUAGUACGUGAGUAUCAAUUUUAUAGCGAAUCCCUUUGAAGAUGAGACUUUCCACACCCAGGAAGUGCCAGGGAACAGAAGUAGUUGUUAACAGGAUGAAGUUGUUAACCUAGUGCCCUGUUGUCCACGGGCAGAUGGGAGACAGAUAGGACAGUACCAAGCAUGGGGGCUGGUGGACAAGCAUGCUUAAGUGGAGGUUUCUUUGCUAAAGCGCUUUCUCUCUACAUCUUUGGGCAUGGGGAUGGUAGGAGCUCCGGAGGCACCAGGGGCAG